AAAUGCUUUUGAUGCAUAAAAAUGGGGUUUUAUUAUGCCACCAUGUUAGCUUUCCCAUCCAUCAUUUAAGAAUUUGAGGUUUCCCACCAAAUCAUCGUUGAUCACUGAGAAAAAUCCUACAUUAACAAAUUGAAUGGCUGCUGAUACACGUUACCUCACUCACACUCUACUCUUUGAGUCUCACUCCCCAUUCAUCCGUCCUGUAAAUGAAAAUGAAACCCAGUUGGAGAAAGCUUGCUUUGGCACUGAAGUAAUGGAUAAUGAUGAUGGUGAUGACGAUAUGGGUCAUGUGGAGGAUGUGAAAGCUGAACAAGCAAUGUGUGAGCUUGAUAUGGAAAUUGUGCUUGAUAGUGAAGAUGAAGGAAGUUGUAGAACCGAGACUAUAACUCUCUUUAAUUGUAGAAAGAUCACUGGUGGAAGUGAAAAGAAUGUGUCAAAGAAGAGGGAAGGGCAAAGCCCUUGUUUAGAUGUUGAUUCAAUUGACAAACAACUCAGUGCAGGGACGAAAAGAUCUUCCAGGGAUCAUGAUAGAAGUGAUGAGACAAAGGAUGUGCCUCAAUUGUCUAUAGGUGAUCAUGAGAUUAGAAGGUUGGAAUAUGUCGAUUCUCAGGAACCUGGAGAUUCGUCCCAAGCUAUUGCACUUUGCUUCGUCGAUAACUUUUUGAGCUUUAAUAGUGUGGAUUUGUGUCAAGGAGUUGAAGAGAGAAGGAGGACUAAAUCGCCUUUUGUCUCCAGUGCAAAGGGAACUCGACAUUUGGCUAAGAUAAUCAAUCGGGGAUCUCCGGUCAAAGAAGUGGGAACCUUUGAAUGGUUUGAGAGUUGUCAUCAGGGAGAGACUGAUUCCUUUAGCAAGAGAAUGACAAGGUCUUCUGAAUUUGGAGACUUAAGCCAUCAAGAUCUUCACAAUAAAGGGCAAAGAAAUUUAAGCAAUGAGCAUGAAGAGGAGCAUGCACGCCGUCAUUCACUUUCAGGGUUCAAGGAUCAGGGUUUGAAAGCCAGUAUCGGGAUAGAAAAAGAAUCAGAAGGGAAUAUGGUAAAUGGAUCUUUUAAGGAGGUGGACGAACUCAUGCAGACAAAAUCAUCAUCAGAAAAGUUUGAAGCUAGUGGUACUGCAAGAGACAUACCAGACAUGUUUGAUGUUGGCUUUAGCACCCAAAUAGCUGCAGAAGCGAUGGAAGCUCUAUGUUACGGCCUCCCUCCCAGUUGUAAAGCUUGUGAUACAUGUGAAGCUGUAGAGGGUGCCCUCACAGAUCUUCUGGAAGGUGAAGCAAUGAGUAGAACCCAUUUUGUGCAUCAUUCCCUUCAAAAGGUUGCUGCUUGUAAGAUAGGAGAAGUUGGAAAAGAGUCAAUUCGAAGAAAGCGUUCUGCUAGAAGAUAUAACAAGAAUAUUUCUAGUUCAUCAUGGAAUUGUAACUAUCAGGAGUUGAGUCACAAACUAAAACCCGAAACAUCUAAGAGCAAGCAAUCAAAGUCGGAUGAAUCUGUGAGCCAGAACAACCUAGAAAACUGUGAGACUUAUGCGACUGCAUUCAUUCCUGAUGUGCAGAACUUGUGCAGGAAACAAUUGUCACAGGAGGAACCUAUCGUUCAUCAAACUAGGCACUGCAAGGGAGGAGCUAAUGUAAAAAAGAUUAAGGAUCAAGUGGAUAAACCAAGAGUAAUGACCAAUAAUGUUAAGGAGGGAAGUAUGCUAACAUAUAAGAGAAAGAGGAAGAGCGUGGUUGCUGAUCCACCUAAGUUAUUGAGUGGCAAGCAGAAAUGCACCAAGCUGCAUUCAUAUGCCUCUGCUGAAAAUCUUGACGGCAAAUUGAGUGAACAACGUAGUCCACAAGAAGCUGCUAUAGCCAGAUAUUUGAGAUUAGAUACAUGGAACUGUCCCAAAGGCAAAAGAACACAACGGAAAGUGCCGAUCCAUUCCAGUGGAAAGAGUAAUAUGCAUGCUUCAUUCACUAGUGUUGGUGCAGAAGAACACAAACUGGAUCCUGUCAGAAAUAAAAAAAUGCCAGAAGAUGAUGAAACCAAUUCUAGUAACUUCAACAUGAAAGGACGAAUGUGUACUUCCCUCUCUUGGCCUUCUUUAGAAAGUAAUUCUGAUGAAAGUUUAUCAAGACAGAACUGUAAAGAACAAGUUUCAGGCGUUACUACAAACAGUGAUCUAGCAGUCCCCAACAUAAGAGAAAGUGCUUGGGACUUGGAUAGAGUCAAUGCCGCCCAAACUGGGAAGCCAUAUUAUGUGGAUUCUACAUCAAUCAUCAAUGGUUUAAAGAACCAUAAUUUUGGAGAACCACUGAGAAAUACUAUUGAACCCUCUGGUAAGGAGUGCAUCACUACACUUAGUUGCAAAAAAAGUGUGAAUGAGGCAUCACUCAACAACAGACCCUACGUAUAUCACAGGAAACCUUGCAACAAAAACCUACCAAAACCAUCACUUUUGAAAGAGCUUAUUGGGUUAGGUGUUCCUAAGUUAAUGUCUGAUUCUACCCACAGAGGCUUCAGAGCACGAAAAGAGCUGGCAUAUAUUCGAGUCCUGUUUAGCCAGCAUUUGGAUGAUGAUGUAGUCAAGCAGCAGAAAAAGAUUGCUGCACGACUGGGUAUUUCUAUCACAUCAUGUUCUUUAGAUGCCACACAUUUCAUAGCAGACAAAUUUGUGCGUACGAGGAACAUGUUGGAAGCCAUUGCUCUUGGAAAAUCAGUGGUGACUCAUCUAUGGCUUGAUAGCUGUGGGCAGGCAAGUUGCUUACUAGAUGAGAGAAAUUACAUCCUGAGGGACUCCAAAAGGGAAAAGGAAAUUGGUUUUAAUAUGGCUGUUUCAUUGGCUCGAGCAAGACGGUAUCCACUUCUAAAGGACAGAAGAGUCUGCAUCACCCAAACUGUUAAACCUAACAAAGAGAUGAUUGCUAGCUUGGCCAAAGCAGUUGGAGGUGAGGUAGUUGAAGCAAAAGAUCAAAAGAUCCCAGAUGAUCUCUUGAUUCUUUCCUGUGAACAAGAUCUGGCAAUCUGUAAACCUUUGCUUGAGAAAGGAGCAACAGUGUAUAGUUCAGAGCUUCUGUUAAACGGGAUUGUCAUCCAAAAAUUGGAAUAUCAGAGGCAUCAACUCUUCUGAGAGAGGAAUAGACAUGAUCAAAGCUCAAGGAAACAUUGAUUUGUGCACUUGUAGACAAGAAGGGCGGGGUCCUAAUUUGUACAGUCAGGUUAAAAUGUCAAAUACAUGGGGGCCACUGUGAUGUUAGAACUCGUAGACUUUAAAACCCAUUUUGCUCAGUGAGAAUGCUAUCACAUUAUGGAAAUUUGUAAAAGACAUGCCGCAUUUGAUAAAAUAUUGGACGGUCAUGAUUGGUUAA